UUCAAAGGUCUAUCAUGUCACUGUAUCCCAUUACCGUUUCACAAGGCCGCGCAUGGCCGGCACCAACCGCAAACAGAACAAUCAAGUGAAUUUUUGGAGCUGCUUAUUUGCGGCCUCAUGGAACACUCCAGUCAUUAUGGGAAUGAUUCAGCUAUAAAGAAGCCUGGAACAUCCUACCAUAGCUUGAAAGCUUCUCCACAGCACCUAUGGCUAAAAAGAAGUUGAAGAAAGUAACUACUUACGGCCCAGGAACACACAAUCCAGUGGAAAAAGUCGCCCGAAAUUCAGGGAGCUGCUGGAAUGAGAAGCAUUUACAGUGGCUCUUCAUCGAGCUCCACCAUUUGAGCGUGAAUCAGUGGCAAAUGCCAAAUGUGCUCUCUGAAGUGGAAAAAUGCCUCUUCAACGAGAUUGAUAGGCUAUUCGGCUGGUCAUGGACACAGAUUCUAGAGUUAGAGAAGCGGCCAGAUACUGAUAAUAUGGUAGGCGACUUCUAUCUGCACCUCGCCUCACUGGAAGACUAUGAUUCCAGUAGUUCUAUUCAUGGAAGUUCACAAAGCGACGACAAUAGGAGGCAGAAUAGCGAAGACGAGGAAAAAAGGACUCGCAGAAAGCCUCAAACCCCGUACCUACGAUUGAGCACACAGAAAUCCUCUCCGCCUUGUAUUUACCAAAUGCUGCGGAGAACAUUGUCGACGAUAGUGGGUCGAAGGUGUACCAUGAGAUCAUACGAAGAACGCUUGAAUCAGAGUUCCCAUCAUCCCCUCCUGAGCUGUAGCAAGAGGCAAAGGAACUAGACCCGGAUCUCGAAGAAUUGCAAGGAGCUGACGAUGCCAACGAGUCUAUCGAGGGUGAACGUAAGCGUCAUCGAAAGCAAGCUAGUUCUGAUUCAA